UUCCAGUAUUUUCUUUUUUUCUCUUUGUGGAGCCUGGGGCAUCAACACAAAAGUUUAGUGGCAGAAAAUGAUAGGUUAGGUUAAUUCAGUUCACUCUUCAGUUGUGUUUUUUCCUCCUGUUGCUGUUCUCCACAGGUUUGAGAUAACUGAGAACCUUUCUUGAAGGUCUGAUGAACUGUCAACAAGUCAAAUUUCAGAGUUGCAGUUCCAGCUGUCUUUAUGUUCAUUAUAUGAUCUAUACUAUAGAUUGCCACAAUUUGAAACAACUUUAAAAAUUUGCAUAUAUAAAAGCAGGGUGCCUGCUAUUCUUUAAUAGCAAGGAGUCAGAAGAAGAGAUGGCUUCUUUUUUCUCUCAGCAUAGAAACCACAGGUUUUACAGUUGCCUUUAAAGUCCUAGAUCUGAAGCACCCUUUUGCCCUCAGUGUGUGCAGUGGUCUCCUGGCUGUUCCUUGAGCACACCAGGCGCACUUCUGCCUCAGGGGCUGUGCACUUGAUCCCUGGAUCACCUUUUUCUUAAUACAGCUGCACAGCCUUGUGCCCUCAGCUCCUCAGAUCUUUCCUCAAAUGUCACUCUAACAGUGGCCCCUGCCCCACAUACAUUUACUUAACUCCCUAUCCCAUUAUCUGUUUUAUUUUUCUCCUUACCCCUUAUCAGCCUAUAACAUGCUAGAUCUUUAGUCUCCCCCAUUGGAAAGUAAGCUUCAUGAAGUCAGAUUGCUAAUAACUGUGUCCUUAACACUUAACCUAGCAGUUGUUAUGCAGUCAAUGCUCAACACAUUUUUUGACUGAAUAGGUAAAGAAGAGUUUAUUCUUGAACUAUCUCACUGUCAUGAAUUUCUGAUCAUGAUUGGUUGUCCUUGGAGGUGUGGAAUGGAUUUUCAGUAGGAUUUUGUAAGUUAUUUAUUAGAAGAAAUUGAGAUUUUUUUUGGUCAGUUGUCACCUCAUUUCUCUUGAUAGAAGUCUUGUGCUUUCAGGUCAUUGAAUGAAAGCACUUUGAGGGCAGAGAGGAUGAAGUUUGAGGGAUCUUUGGCAUUGGUGGUCUUUCUUAGAGGAAGAUUAUCUCAGAUCUCAUGUGGCUUGAUUUUUACCAACCGCUUCAGGCUCUUCCCUUGAGGUUAGACUUGUUUCUUAUAUGUGAUGCCAUUCCAGCACUGGACUCAUGGAGGCUGAACAUUUAUUCAGGAGUCCAUAGAGGCUACUAUAUUCUACUGAAGAAGAUGUCUAACAGUAACACUACUCAAGAGACCCUGGAAAUAAUGAAAGAAUCAGAAAAAAAACUGGUAGAAGAAUCUGUAAACAAAAACAAGUUUAUAUCUAAGACUCCAAGUAAGGAAGAAAUUGAAAAAGAGAGUGAAGAUACCAGUUUGCGUCAGGAGACACAGAGGCGGACAUCCAGCCAUGGUCAUGCCAGGAAAAGAGCCAAGUCUAAUUCCAAGCUCAAGUUGGUACGUAGCCUGGCAGUGUGUGAGGAGUCCUCUGCCCCAUUUGCUGAUGGGCCACUAGAAACCCAGGAUAUAAUUCAGUUGCACAUCAGCUGCCCCUCUGACAAAGAGGAAGAAAAGUCCACAAAGGAUGUCCCGGAAAAGGAAGACAAGGACAAAAACAGAGAAAAGGUCCCAAGGAAGAUGCUGUCUCGAGACUCCAGCCAAGAAUAUACGGACUCCACUGGAAUAGACCUACAUGAAUUUCUUGUAAAUACACUGAAAAAGAACCCAAGGGACAGAAUGAUGCUGCUAAAAUUAGAACAGGAGAUUCUGGAAUUUAUUAAUGACAACAAUAACCAGUUCAAGAAGUUCCCUCAAAUGACCUCUUAUCAUCGGAUGCUCUUACACCGGGUAGCUGCCUAUUUUGGGAUGGACCACAAUGUUGAUCAAACUGGAAAAGCUGUCAUCAUCAAUAAAACCAGUAACACAAGAAUCCCUGAACAGAGGUUCUCAGAACAUAUAAAGGAUGAGAAGAAUACAGAAUUUCAACAGAGAUUCAUUCUCAAGAGAGAUGAUGCCAGUAUGGACCGAGAUGAUAACCAGAUCAGAGUUCCAUUGCAGGAUGGAAGGAGGAGCAAGUCAAUAGAAGAGAGAGAGGAGGAAUAUCAAAGGGUCCGAGAGAGAAUAUUUGCCCGAGAGACUGGCCAGAACGGAUAUCUAAAUGACAUCAGACUCUCCAAAGAAGCCUUUUCUUCUAGCUCUCACAAGAGAAGGCAGAUUUUUAGGGGGAAUCGUGAGGGGCUAAGCCGCACCUCAAGCAGCCGCCAGAGCAGCACAGACAGCGAACUCAAAUCCCUGGAGCCAAGGCCUUGGAGCAGCACAGACUCUGACGGAUCCGUUCGGAGCAUGCGGCCCCCUGUUACCAAAGCCAGCAGUUUCAGCGGAAUCUCUAUCCUCACCCGGGGUGACAGCAUCGGGAACAAUAAAAGUGGCAGUGCAGGAAGGAUCUCCAGGCCAGGUAUGGCACUAGGUGCCCCAGAUGUUUGCAACCAGGUCACCUCAUCCCAGUCUGUCCGAGGCCUUCUCCCUUGUACUGCCCAGCAGCAGCAGCAGCAGCAGCAGCAGCAACAGCAACUUCCUGCUCUCCCACCCACGCCUCAGCAACAGCCACCCUUGAAUAAUCACAUGAUCUCACAGCCAGUCCCAGCUCUGCAGCCCUCUCCGCAGCCUGUUCAGUUCUCUCCAGGCUCCUGUCCCCAAGUCCUUCUGCCAGUCUCUCCACCCCAGCAGUACAACAUGGCAGAUGACCUCAGCAACCCCUUUGGACAGAUGAGCCUUAGCCGCCAAGGUUCUACUGAAGCAUCUGACCCAUCCACAGCUCUGGUUCCAGCCCCCACUUAGCUCUCCCAGCACCCUCAGCAGACUAGCUUCACAAUCAUGGCUUCUACGGGUCAGCCCCUCCCCUCUUCCAACUAUUCCACCUCUAGCCAUGCACCACCUACCCAGCAAGUCCUGCCACCCCAGGGCUACAAUGCAGCCCCUCAACAGAUCCAGGUUUCUUACUAUCCCCCUGACAGUAUCCUAAUUCCAACCAGCAAAUACCGACCUCUCUCUCACCCGGUGGCCUACAGCCCCCAGCGUGGUCAACAGUUGCCUCAGCCAUCCCAGCAGCCUGGUUUACAGCCCAUGAUGCCUAACCAGCAGCAGGCGGCUUACCAAGGCAUGAUUGGGGUCCAGCAGCCACAGAACCAGGGCCUGCUCAGCAACCAGAGGAGUGGCAUGGGGGGCCAGAUGCAAGGCCUGGUGGUUCAGUACACUCCACUGCCUUCUUACAAGUGGGUCCCAGUGGGUAAUGACUCACAAAAUGUGGUCCAGCCGCCUUUCCAGCAACCCAUAUUGGUCCGCAGCCAGUCUGUACAAGGGGGCCUCCCAGGAGGGGGCGUGCCGGUCUACUACAGCAUGAUCCCUCCGGCUCAGCAGAACGGUACAAGCCCUUCUGUGGGGUUUCUGCAACCUCCUGGCUCUGAGCAGUACCAGAUGCCUCAGUCUCCCUCCCCCUGCAGCCCACCACAGAUGCCACAGCAGUACUCAGGAGUGUCACCUUCUGGACCAGGUGUGGUGGUCAUGCAGCUGAAUGUCCCUAAUGGACCCCAACCUCCCCAGAACCCAUCCAUGGUCCAGUGGAGUCACUGUAAAUAUUACAGCAUGGACCAGCGGGGGCAGAAGCCUGGAGACCUGUACAACCCUGACAGUAGCCCCCAGGCCAGCACGCAAAUGAGCAGCAGCCCCAUCACCUCUCCUACCCAGUCCCCAGCACCCUCUCCUGUCACCAGCCUCAGCAGUGUCUGCACAGGACUCAGUCCCCUUCCUGUCCUCACACAGUUCCCGCGGCCUGGGGGUCCCAGCACAGGUGAUGGGCGCUACUCCCUCUUGGGCCAGCCAUUACAGUACAAUCUGUCCAUCUGCCCUCCUUUGCUCCAUGGCCAGUCGACUUACACGGUGCACCAGGGACAGAGUGGACUGAAGCAUGGAAACCGGAGCAAGAGACAAGCACUCAAAUCUGCCUCCACUGACCUAGGGACGACAGACGUUGUCCUGGGGCGGGUGCUGGUGACGGAUCUCCCUGAGGGCAUCACUCGGACUGAGGCGGACAAACUCUUCACUCACGUUGCCAUGUCCGGCGCCAAGAUCCAGUGGCCUCAAGGGACGCUCAAGGGGCUGCCUGGCGGGGGUGGGGGGGACAAUAGUGGGACUGCCGAAGGCCGCCACGCGUACCUCGCUGCCUUGUACACCAUCGUGGCUGUGUUCCCCAGCCCCUUGGCUGCCCAGAAUGCCUCCCUUCGCCUCAACAACUCCGUGAGUCGCUUCAAACUUCGAGUGGCCAAAAAGAACUAUGACCUGAGGAUCUGGAGCGAGCCAGCUCCCAAUAAACAGGAGGGAAGGGUACUCGCAAAGCAGUGGUGGGGGCAAGGUGGAGGGAGUUGAGGCGCCCUGAAGGACCGUGGACAGAGGGAGAGAGGAGGUGGCGGGCCCUGUGCUGGAGCCUGAGACAGCAGGGACGAAGACAGAGGCAGACACACUCACACUGGCACUGGACUCCUCCUCACCCCCUGCCGUGGGUCCUCCCGUUUUCCCUGGCGAGCCUCUGUCUGCUUCCUCCCCUUCCCAUCCUCUUCUAUUAUUUUUUAUCUCCUCUCCCACCAUGAAAUGAAUUUCAUAUUUUUUGGUCAGGUAGAAUUGGGAGGGUCUUAACACUCCCCUAUUCUGCUAUUUCCUUACCAUCCCAAGCUCCCUUUUCUUUUUGGUCUUAUGAAUAUAUUUAUAUGGACAGAAUUAAGCAAAUGAAAUUGAACUUCCCUUUCUUCUCACUUCCCCCAUCUUGUCACCCCAACCCUGCAGAGUUGAAACUCGGGCCUCCCCCCGCCCCAGAACACUCGUACAUCGUUUGUUUGAGGUUCGUGCCGCAGUAACAGAUAUAGUAUUUAAUUGCACAUACAGAUGUUUGCUGGGUAUAUUCACUGUAAUUUUAUUUAAUCUGACUUUUUGUUUGUUGGGGGUUUACUUGGGGGGAGGUUGAUUUUGUUUUUAAAUAUAUAAAAAAAAUCUGUCACUGGA